CCAGCUUUGGAGAGUGGGGCAGAGCCACGGUCAGGCACCCUUUUCACCCGCCUGCCCUCGCCGCCCGGCCGGUCUCUGGGGUCAGCGCCAGGUCCACAGGUCCGGCACCUCGCUCCGCUCCCCGAAAGCAACCGUCGAGGAGUGUCCAGUGAUGGCAGACCAGUGCCUGGUACCACACUAUGAGGCUUGCCAGACCCUGGGUGAAGACAAGUGCCCAACAGUCCAAGUCUCAGAGCCAGAGCUCCAGGAGGAACGACUCAAGCUGAAGGAAGAGAGGCUCAAGCCAGAGGUGGAGUCACUAGAGGAGAGAGGCCCUCCCAGGCCUAUGGCCUCCAUUGUGAGGCCCAGUCCUGGUCCGAAGAGGAAGCCAGUCAACCUCCCAGGGCCUAGCCACCAAGUCCAUCCCAAAGCUGAAGCUGAGAUGCCACAGGGGCUGCCACCGCAGAGGGAGGAGCCAGAGGGUAGCCAGACUGAGCCCUCACCAUCUGCCAAACAGCACAAAAAAGCCAAGAAGCGCAAGAGUCUGGGAGCUCCAGUGCUCCCAGCUGUGGCCAGCACAGUGUCUGCACCUCCAGAGACCUUGGGGCUGGAGCCCCCUGCCCUGCCCUGGCUGUUUGCAGGAAAGGCCCAGCGCCUGCGGCCCCUGUACCAGUACAUCAACUAUUGCAAUCCUGAGCUGAAUCAGGCAGGGGAGGGGGACAGGGAGGCUGAGGUGGACGUGGAGCCUGAGUUGGAGUUGGCCCUGGUCCCCGAGGAGGCAGGUGUGGAGCAACUGCAGGCUUUGCUGCCCGUGACAGGUGAGCUGGGGUCAGGCCUCACUCUGCCCUGCCCCAGUACAUUCGUGUCCCCCACCCAUGCACUGGCUCCCCUGGGAGAGGAGGUUGGAGAAGAGCCAGGGUGUUUGCCCAAGUUGGGGAUCAGUGGCCGCCUCAAGGCUGAGGUGGAUAAGUCAACCCAGGUGGACAUUGAUAAGAUGCUGAGUGUUUGUGCCGCCCCACUUGUACCUCCACUCUCUCCUCAGUACAAGUGACUUUCCCGCCUCCACUGGAGUCUCCCCUUCUCCCAAGCCCAAACCAGAGCAGCAGCCUAGGCCUCAGGAGGAGGGGAAAAUUUGGCCCUUCUCCCUACUUGGGGCCUUGGACUUACUGAAAAUAAACAUUUUUCCUUUU